AUGUACGAAACCUUUCGAGAAUCGGCGCUUGGCCAAGCCAUUCGCUUUGUUUCCAGAAACAAGUUGCUGCAGUAUCCAGAAGAACGACCAGAUUUCGUGCUCCCACCAGACCCUGAUCCAGCAUCAGAUUCCUCCCAAACUGCCGAUGAAGAUGGCGAGGAUCUGAGUAGGGAGCGGACGCAAAUCGAGCUGAAAAAGACCAAAAGCGAACCAAUUGUGCCACAAAAGACGAAUGACGGCGUCAUUCUGGUAGACUGGUAUACGACUGAUGACCCAGCAAACCCUCACAACUGGUCAUCAUUCAAGAGGAGCUACAUUGUCUUUGUCAUCUGCUUAUAUACAUGGGUCACCUACGUGGCAGGUUCUGUCUUUGCCUUUUCUGAACCAGGCAUUGUUGAACAUUUCGGUGUUAGUGUAGAGGCAUCUGAGCUUGGACUUGCUCUAUACGUCUUGGCCUAUGGUGUAGGACCACUCAUCUUUGGCCCUCUCACCGAGAUUCCAGUCAUCGGCAGAAAUCCUGUCUACUAUCUCACAUUCCUUGUCUUUUUUGCCCUGUCAUUCCCAGCAGCGACAAUCAACAGCUUUGGCGGCCUCUUGGCGGUACGGUUUUUUGCUGGAUUUUUUGGCAGCGUUGGUAUUGCCAUUGGUGGCCCUGCUAUUGGACCAACCUUCGCUGGAUUUGCAGCAAUGGAAAAGGGAUGGAGGUGGCCGCUCUGGGAAGUUGUCUGGAUUUGCGCUGUCAUGGCCAUAUUUUUGCUUGCGCUGACCCCCGAGACGUCUGCGCCCAACAUCCUUCUCAGGCGUGCCAAGCGACUUCGAAAGCUCACUGGCGAUGCUCGGCUCCAAUCCCAAAGCGAGAUUGACCAAAGGCACCUGUCGGGAUCUGCCGUUCUCAUUGCUGCGCUGAUAAGGCCAUUCGAAAUUACCAUCAAGGACCCCUCAAUUUUCUUCGUCAAUUUGUACACGGCUUUGACUUAUGCAAUCUACUUCACUUUCUUUGAAGUAUUCCCUCUAGUGUUUCCACCUUUUUACGGCUUCAACCUUGGCCAGACUGGCCUUGCGUUUCUUGCCUGUGAGGUUGGCUCAAUUUUGGCCCUCAUUCUAUACUUUGCCUAUCUUCAUUUUUACAUGAUUCCAGACAAUAUCAAGAAUGGAUUCCGAGAGCAGGAGCAUCGUUUGCUUCCCGCCAUUUUCGGUUCCGUUGUUCUUCCAAUCGGGCUGUUCAUAUUCGCCUGGACUGCAAGAGCCAGUAUUCACUGGAUUGUCCCGUUGAUUGGCGUGACCAUUUUUGUUUUGGGCCAAUACAUGGUUAUUCAGGGUCUCUUCAUGUAUGUGCCGGUUUCAUACCCGCAGUACGCAGCCUCGAUUUUUACAGGCAAUGAUCUGAUCAGAUCCGCUGUUGCUACUGGAUGUAUUCUUGCAGCCAGGCCAAUGUUUAUCAAUCUUGGUGUGCACAAGGGUGUUACAGUCCUUGCUGGACUGAGCAUAAUGGGUAUAAUUGGAACAUUACUCAUGUACAAAUAUGGCAAGACUCUUCGUGCCAAGUCUAAGUUUGCACAAGCUUAG